AUGGCUGUCGACGUCUCACAGCUAGGGGCAGAUAUGGCUACCAUGCAGCUCAACAGCCUUCCCAUCACUCACCUUCCAUACGAGAUAUUUCUCCAAGUCGUUGAGAGUCUUAUCGCCGAUGCCAUAUCAGACGCCACAGAACAUCCCCUGAGCCUGAGCAUCCAAGAGCCCGAUACUAGGGAUGAGGUCCACGGAAAGCACAAGAUCUUACUCGGAAAGCAUCAGUUUAUUCGUCCAGCCGACAUAUCUCAUCGGCGUGACCUCGUCCGCAAUUUCCACCAUAUUGACCGCAAGACAAGUCGCAUGGUUGCGUCUGCCCUUGUUCAGCUUCCAAUCACAACAUUUGGGUGCGGCGUGAGCUACAUAUGGAUGUGUCCUCGAGUCGAUGCAUUUCAGAUCAUUUUCCCCCUAUCCUUUCUCCGCUCUCUCCGACAGUCUCCCGCCCUUCACCUCAUCGAACAUGUUGCUGUGAACCCUGUCGAGGCGUGUUUCACCAUGUUCCCUGAAAUCGUCGAAAUUCUCACGGCAUUGCCAGCGCUCAAGUCCGUGACGCUCAUGUCGUACUUCGGUGUCGAUACAAACGCCCACAUUCCAGGAAAUCAUCAGUGUCAACACGAAAACGUGUCCGUCGUCGACGAGAAAUCACUGAUGAAGUUGCCAUCAGGUUUCGAACUAAGUGGCCCUUUGUGGGCGCCGAUAUGGGAACGAGAGGUCGCCUUCUACCUCACCGGCUAUUACCAAAACUACCUGUUUCGACGCAACGUUCAGCUGUUUCGUCAUCAGGAUGGCGCUGGCUUUGACUCGAAAAUCAGUAGCGACGGAAGUCUGCUGAUGAGAAGAUUGGAUCCUUUUUAA